AUUACUGUGGAAAACAACAUUAACAGUCUGAGGAGGAACUGAUCCAGGAACAGAGGAUUACUGAGGAACACAAAAUGAACAGACUGAGAAGAGCAAACAGGAUCAAACAGUCUGAUCUGGUGUGGAGUGAGUAUGAAGUGAUCAGACCUGAAAGUUCACACAAACCCACCAUGAAGGACACGACACCUGGUGCACGCCGUUCUCCUCCAAAGCGAGGUCUCCUCCUCCACACAAAGACAUCUCUAGGUCAAAAACAACCCGAAAUGAAUUCAGAGUCCGCCGCUUUGUGUCAUCAGCAGUUAUUAAUCCUCAAAGAUGGAGCUGGAAGUCUGAGAAAGACUGGAGCACAAGCUGGAAGUGACCAGUGUGGACAUGAAGGGAGCAAGAGAGUAAAGAACACCUCACCUUGUUCUUAUUCCAAAUCUACACCACCAUCACAGAGCCUCCGACCGAAGAGUCCCAGAUCAUCAGAGUUUUUUACAGAUGUCCACUCCAGAGAAGAGUUCCUGAAGCAGGUCCACGCUCAGAACCCACGCUUCCCGGUCCAACGCUUGUACAAGACACUGCUAAAGAGACUCGGUGAAAGUAAAAGCCCCCCGGUCGUCACAGCAACCGGAAAGAGGAAACACGAAGAGGAACCUGACGGCGACGAACGUCUCCAUAAACGCAGCCGAUCGAUUCGGGACGACUCUGUGACCGUAAACGUGUCAGAAGGUCACGUGACCUCAGGACACAGAGCCAUCAGCAGGAACAGACUGAGGAGAAAAAAGGCACGCAGCCAGGACGCAGCCGUAGACGAGGGCCGUGUGAGACCUGACGACGGUGUGGGACAUGAAGACGGUGUAGGACACGACGAGGACGUGCCCUGGACGGAGAAGUUUCGUCCUCGGAGCUCUGAUGAGGUGGUCGGGAACGAGGCCGCAGUAAGGAAACUGUACAGCUGGCUGAAGGAGUGGAGGGUAAGAGCGGAUGUGGAGGAGAGGAGGAAAAGACGAGAGGAGCGUCGGAUGAAGGCGGAGAGUGAUGGGUCGUGGGACUGCGGGGAUUUUGAAGGUGACCCGCGGAUGGAGGAGUGUGAGGGUGAGCUGUGUAACACCCUGCUGAUCCACGGACCUACAGGAGCAGGAAAGAGUGCAGCCGUGUUCGCCUGUGCAGAGCAACUGGGCUUUAAUGUGUUGGAGGUGAACAGCUCGUCCAUGCGCUCCGGUCGUCUCGUCUUGUCUCAGCUCAGAGAGUCGACUCAGUCUCACCAGGUGGGGGCGCCACAGAGCUCCGCUUCUCUCUCACACACACCUGCUGCAGCGUCCCAAAAAGAAGCUCCACAGAAAUCCGUCUCUUCGUACAGAAACCCGGCGCUGAGCUCCGGAGCUGCUGCCAGAAAGAAACGACAGAAAUUUGUCACACUUACACCUUACUUUACUGAGGCUGGAACACAUGUGAACAAACACUCUAAACGUCCUCAAGACACAAGAGCUGCUGGUGAUGUCCCACUUUACGGGUCACGGGGCACAGAGGGCAGGAGGGCACCGAUAUCACUCAUACUGUUCGAGGAGGUGGACGUCGUCUUCGAGGAGGACGUGGGGUUUCUCACAGCCGUGAAGUCUUUAAUGUGCACCACCAAGAGACCCAUCGUCAUGACUACCAACGAUCCGUCGUUCGGUGAAUCGUUAGAUGGUCGUUUCGUGGAGGUUCGGUUCAAAACACCUGCAACGGAGAGCGUCGUGAGCUACCUACAGUGUGUGUGUGUGGUACAGAGCGUGAAGCCGGACCCCAAACACAUCCGCUCCGUGCUUCAGGAAAAUAAAGGGGACGUGAGGAAGAGUGUGUUAGAGCUGGAAAUGUGGGCGAGAAGUGGAGCUGGAAACACACACCACCAUCUACACAACAGAGCACUCGCUUGUAGGUCUUACGCUGAGUUGGAAAUCAGUGGCAGUGUGGACAUGCUGGUGGACAGCUGGAGAAAAGGGCGGAGCCUGUUCUACUCCAACCUGGACCUUCUUUUAGCCCCGCCCACUGCUGAACAAGCAGAUCAGAACGCAGUUUGCACGAGGUUUCAGAAGGAGAUAAAUAAAGUCUCGUCUCCGUCCGACUCUGUUAAACGUCUGAAAACAAAGCCCUCGAAUCCUGCACUCCGAUUGGACAGAAUGAAACAGACGAACCAAUCAGCCGCUGAGGAUGAAGCGGUUUCUACAGUAGCCGCUCUGGGACGAUUUUUCGACACCAUGUCGUUCACCGACUCGUAUGUUCGCUGGCAGCCGUGUUGUAAACCCGGACCUGUGGGAGCCACAACAGCCGACGGUUUACUGGACGAGCCGAGAGAAGACGACGAGGUGGACAUGAAGACGUCCGGUUUGGAGAGAUGUUACGAGAUCCUGGCGGCGGUGGAGGGUUUGGGGUUCUGCAGGUGCAGGACGGAGGCGUUUCCCAUCGCACGAGUAGAUCAGGACGUGACGAGCGGAGACGAGAGACGGAACACACGCUUUACUUUAUCCAGCGACGUGAUACACAGAGUGCUGCGCAGUAAAGCGUUCAGGUGUCACAGCAAUCACACCGCCGUGCUGACGGAGUAUCUGCCCUGUCUGAGCUUCAUCUGUAGAGAGCAGCAGCACAAACCCAGAUUUUCACACUACAUCAGACAGAUCGGACUGCAGCUCCCUAAAAGCCUCCUAGACCUGUUAGCAUCGCCGCUACGCUAAAGAGUAAUGUUUUAUAUCUGCCUUACACACACACACACACACACACACACGUACACACAUGUACACAUACACACACACACACAUGUACGUAGACACACACACGUACGUAGACACACACGUACACACACGUAGACAUGUACAUACACACACACACGUAGGUAGACACAUGUACACACACGUACGUAGAGACACACACCAUUUUUUCUGUAUCAUAUCAGCAUGUUGUUUGCAGUCGAGUAAAAGUGUGUAAAUUGUCUGCUACUAAACAUGUGAGUAAGAAAUUAAAGUUUAUAUAUUUAUUUUCA